CGGCAGCAAUCCUGGGGCGCGAUUGCAAAUCUAGCAAACCUAGCAGCAGCAGCAGCAACAGCAGCAGCAGCAGCAGCAGCAACAGCAGCAGCAGCAGCAGCAACAGUUCCCUGGAGUUGGGGCUACCCCGGGAACUCCAACAACAAACGGACGCCGUUGCCGACACCCUGAAGCAACAGCAGCAACAGCAACAGCAGCAGCAGCAGCAACAGCAACAGCAACAGCAGCAGCAGAUCCCGCGGCAGAUGCGCCGAAGGCUGUCGCUGGGCUCUCUGCAGCAGUUUGCUGAAGGCGCUGCUGCUGCGGAAGCAGCAGCAGCAGUCGCUGCAGCUGCAGCAGCAGGAGGUGCUUCUCCCUCGAAGAAGGAGAGUAAAGACCGCAGCAGCAGAAAGAGUAGGCCGCAGCAGCAGGAGCAGUUGCAGCAGCACCUGCAGCAGCAGCUCCAGCAGCAGCAGCAACAACAACAUCUGCAGCAGCAACUGCUGCAGCAGCUGCAGCAACAGCAGCAGCAGCAGCAACGACAGCCCGCUUCCGUUGGCUGCCUCCAGCUGCUGCAGCAACCCGAACAGCGGCAGCAGCAGAGAGUUGUAUGUAAGAGCCUCCCUGCUGUUUCUGCACACAAUAACAACAAUAGCAGCAGCAGCAGUAGCAGCAGCAGCGAGGGACAGCAACGGGUGGCUGCUGGAGGCCGCUUGGAAGGAGCAGCAGCAACAAAUUCUGCUGCUGCUGCUGCUGCAGUUGCUGCAGCAAAGAGCUUCCUGCCCCGUGUACAAGGACGUGGGGGCGAGCAGCAGCAGCAGAAGCAGAAGCAACAGCAGCAGCAACAGGUGGGGUCUUCUUUCCUUGCACUGGCGAACGAGCCGCAGCAGCAACAGCAACAGCAGCAGCAGCAGCAAGAGCAGCAGCAACAGCAGCAGCAGCAGCAACAGCAGCAGCAACAAGAGCAGCAGCUGCAGCUGCAGCACGGCCGUCGACGUAAAGGAGGUCGCGUCUUUGUAGGAAACAUCCCUCCCGGUGUUGCGCAGCAAACGCUGCUAGCAGCAGCAGCAGCAGCAGCAGCAACAGUAACAGGCAUCAUAUAUAACCCUAUGCCGGGGGUGUGGGGUACCGCACUGAUUGAUUUUGCUUCUGAAGAAGCAGCAGAUAGAGCAGCAGCAUAUUUUCACGGCAGAAGACUCUUCUCUGGUGCCCCUCCUCAUUCUCUUGUUUCGUGCCGAGAAGCAGCAGACUAUCCUUUGACUCGUUUGCCUCUGACCCGGAUGGAAGUCUUCUGCAUUAACGGCGAUGCUGCUGCUCCUGAUAGCAGCAGCAGCAGCAGCAGCAAUAAUAAUAAUAGCAGCAACAGUAAUAACAAAGGAGGAGCAAGCAGCAGUGCUGCUGCAGCCGCUACACUCGCUGCAACAGCAACAUCAGCAGCAGCAGCAGCAGCAGGAUCAGGAGAGGCUUCUAAGAACAGCAGCAAUAAUAAUAAUAAUAACAGCAACAGCAACAGCAACAGCAGCAAUAGCAGCAGCAAGGAUGCAUCUGCAGGAAUGCUUACGCUGCUCCAAGAGGAGGUGCAGCAGCGUCUGCUGCUGCUGUCAAGACAGAAGAAGCAGCACCAUCUGCAGCAGCAUCAACGUGUGCUACGCUCUUUAUCAAGAAGCGGCUUUAGAGAGGGUUUAAUUACUCUUAAAGGAGGCUAUUGCAUUGUUGAUGCCUUAGCAGUAGCAGAACAAACCAAAAAGACUUCAUUUGUACUCCUCAAAGACGGACCCCCAGGUGCGAAUUUGUUUUUGUAUGGGAUCCCGACUGGAUGGAGAGAGUUAGAAUUAAUGAAGUUGGUAGGCCCCUUUGGACAUGUAGUAGGGAUAAGAGUGCCUUGCGGCUCAGCAGAUAAGAAUGCUGCUGCUGCUGCUGCUGCUGCUGCUGCAGCAGCAGCAGCUGCUGCUGCUGGUGGUGCAGCAGGGGGUAGCUCCUCUGCUUCUGGGCCUUCUAGCAGCAGCGGGAGCGGUGGGGUUCUAAGUACUACUUCUGCUGCAGGUAGCAGCAGCAGCAGCAGCAACAACUGGCAGCUAAUGCAUUGCGCAGAGAGCCCUUUGCUGCUGCAGACUUGUGCAUGCGGUAGAGGCUACGGUUUUGCUUCGUUUGGAGACAGAGAAGCAGCAUUUGCUGCUUAUCGCUCUUUAUCAGAGAGAUGUGUGGGGGGUAAGAAGCUACGAAUUCAGCUUAAGAACGGUGAUGAGAAGCUGCUGCCUUUGUCUCUUCAAGACCUUGUUGUCAGGCCUCCUCCUGCUGCACCUCCUGCUGCUGCUGCUGCUGCUGCUGCUGCAGCUGCAGCAGCAGCUGCUGCAGCAGAACACGAAAACACUGCAGCACAAACAAACGCAAAAUCCAACUGCAGCAGCAAUGCAGCAGCAACCUAUGCGAUGUAUGGUGUUAAUGCUACAGCAGCAAAUGCUGCUGUAGCUGCUGCUUCUGGUAGGCAGGAGGUGCUGCAGGAUCAGAACUGGCUUCAAGAGCCCGUUUCUGCUGCUGCUGCUGCUGCAGCAACACUUGCUGCUGCUGCUAGAGACCCGUCACUGGCGCUCAUGAUGCUGCAGCAGCAGCAACAGCUGCAGCAGCAACACUUGCAGCAGCGCCAGCUGCAGCAGCAGCUGCAACAGCAGCAACAGCUACAACAGCAGCAACAGCUGCAGCUGCAGCUGCCGUCACACAACAGCGCAUCUGACUUUGCUGCAGCAGCAGCAGCAGCAGUGCAGUACUACUCACACCCCACAGGCGCGUGGGGUUUGGGUUCCACAGAAGAGCAGCUGCAGCAGCAGCAUCAGCAGCAGCACCAGCAGCAGCAGCAGCAACAGCUGCUGCUGCAGCUGCAGCAGCGUCUCGAUUCUGUGCUUCCUUCAACAGCAAGCAUUAGCAGCUCGCUCCCCCUUACAAGCUCUGAUGUGUUGUCUCCCGCACCGUCUCCAGCUAUAUCUGGUGCUGCUUCUGCUGAGUUAAUGCUGCAGCGGGAGCAGCAUCUGCUGCAGCAGCAGCUGCAGCAGCAGCUACAGCAGCAACAGGAGCACCAGCAGCCGCAGGAGGAGCUCUUGCUCCGCGCACGCCGCCAUUCCGAUUUGCUGCUGCAUACCUCGCUGCAGCCAGAGCAGCAGCAGCAGCAAGACCUGCUGCAGCAGGAUCUGCUGCAGCAGCAGCAGGACUUGCUGCAGCAGCAGCAAGAUUUGGUGCAACAAGACCUGCUGCGGGAUAGGCAGCAACUAGUGCUGCGCCGUAAGCAGCAAGAGGUGCUGCUGCAGCAGGAGCAGCAGCAAUCGCAGCAGCAGCACCUGCUGCAUCUUCAUGAGCCAGAUCUGCUGAGAGACAGCCACCUAGAGGCGCAGCUGCAGCAUUUGCUGCAGGGUCAACAGCAGCAGCAGCCGCAGCAGCAGCACGAUCUCCUUGAGCUGCAGCUGCGGAGACAGCUGGAGCAACAUCAGCAGCAGCAGCAGCAUGAACUAUGCCGCGACCCGUUAGGCAGACAGGAAGGCAUCAGCCGCAGCACGCCACCCCACACAGCAGCAGCAGCAGCGGCAGCAGCAGCAGCAGCAGCAGCAGAAAGCCGUUCUUACAUCCACGACUUGGAUUUCUUCUCUGGAGAGGAGCCGCAGCUGAAGCAGCAACUGCUUGCUCAGCAGCAGCAACAGCAGCAGCAGCAGCAGCUAGAUUCUCUUCACCACGAACUGCUGCAGCAGCAACAGCAGCACGGUUGCUCCACCAGCUUGAUCUCUUCUGCUGGAGACCGGGUUGCAUUUGCUGCUGCAGCAACUGCGGGAUUGGGGUUGUUGAACGGCAGCAGCAGCAACAACAGCAGCAGCAGCAGCUUGCAUGCGGAUGCUGCUGCUGCUGAAGACUUCUUAAGGCUGCAGCCUGCAGAUGGUGUUGCGUCCAAGUGGGGCGACAGAGGCGCAGCAGCAGCUGCAGCUGCAGCAGCAGCAGCAGCAGCAGCAAAUGUUGCUGCUGCUGAAGCAGAUGCCUCUCGCUCUCUGCAGGUCUUCUCCGCACCCCCCAUUGGCAGCAGCGCAGCACCAGCAGCAGCAGCAGCAGGUGUAUCUGUGUCUCCACUUGAGGAGACUCUGAAGCUCUCUCCUUCGUCAGCUGCUGCUUUAGAGGAGCAGCUACGCCGGAGGCCGAACCAGCAGCGGCAGCAGCAGCAGCGGCAGCAGCAUGAGCAGCAAGAGCAGCAGCAACAGCAAUUUGGCUUCGAUAAUGUCGUUGCUGCUUCAAGCUUCAUCCGUACGGAGUCCAGUGCUGCAGCAGCUGCAGCUGCAGCAGCUGCUGCUGCUGCGCCAGGUACAGUAAGGCGCGUGAGGAGGAAUUAUAUAGAGCAGCAGCAGGUGUUGCUGCAGCAGCAGCAACAGCAGCAGCAACUUGACAUUGAGGCAGCAGCAAACGACUUCGGUAUCUCAGGGCUGUCUCUUGUAGACAGCGCGGAGUCUUGUGUUGAUGCCGGGGCUUUGUCUUUACCUGGUGCUGCUGCUGCUCCAGCUGCAACAGCAGCAACAGCAGCCGCAGCAGCAGCAGCUCUGCGCACAGCUCGCGGGUUUGCUGCUGCAGUCCCCACACCUUCUACAACUUGCUCAGUAGGAUCAGCAGCAAGCUUCCAGUGCCAGCUUGCGAGCAAGCAGCAGCUGCUGCAGCAGCAGCUGCAGCAGCUGCAGCAGCAGCAGCAGGGUGACCAGUGGCUGCUGCAGCAGCUUAUUCGCAUGAAGAAAGAGAUUGAUUUCCUAAGAGCAGAGUUGAGGCUAAAGGAAGCUGGACAGAACAGCAGCAGCAGCAGCAGCAGCGGCAUGUGCAAUAUCAGCAGCGGCAGCAGCAACAGCAACAGCAAUAGCUGCAGCAACAACAACAGUAACAGCAACAGCAGCAGCAGCAACGGAAACAUCGUGAAAAACGGAGACAGCAAUAGCAACGGCAGCAGCCGCAACAACAGCAACAGCAACAGCAACAGCAGCAAGUGCAGCGGGGGUAAUAGCAACACCGGCAGCAGCAGCAGCAGCAGCAACAGCAGCAACAGCAGCAACGGCGACGGAAGCGUAGGAGGGUACUGCCGCAGCCGCAGGAGUCCUGCUGCUGCUAUCGUGGAUGUUGCUGCGGCUGCUGCUGCUGCAGCAAACAACAGCCCGACCAGCGACAAAAGCAGCAGCAAAGCCUCAAGGGCAUUGACACUGAGACGCAGCAGCCGCGUUGCUCGCAGCAGCAGCAAUAACAGCAACAGCAACAACAGCAGCAGCAACAGCAGCUUGCCUAUGCCAAGCAACGGCAGCAACUCGCUAGCUGCUCACCCCACAGACGUCUCCAUUGAGCCUUCUCGCUCUUCUGCUGCAUGCGCUCGGCCUUCUUUACGGGGGUGGCUUUGA